AUGGCUCUCGCAGACGAUCCUUCUCGGAAGCUGGUGAAAGUUCUCCUUUUGAAAGGAAAAGUUGCCCCUUUAAAUUUUCUUGUUCAGUGGAAACAUAAGAAUAAGGAUGUUUAUGAUCCUAUGAUGCUUUUCAAGUUUGCAAGUACCUUUCAAAGGUUGUUCGUGUGGGUUGUGGUCAUGAGUGCCCUUGCCUGCGGCUUUCUUUAA